GACCUCUCAUUAAUAUUUUCACUAUUUCAGAUCUUAACAUUGAGGCUAAGCUGGUGAACAGCUGGGUCGUUGUGUUCAAUUUAAAAUGGCCAGCUCAAAUGGGAAGCUGAAAGGAAAACCAUGGAGUGUCUGGGCAGAGGAAAUGAACCAGGGUUCUCCGUCCUCGGACUCCGAACCAGGUUCUUCAGCUCUCCCUCCGACAGAGGACGUUAUGAAACUACCCAGAGAAGAUAUGGCAACCUAUGGACAAUGUCCAAUUUGGGACAGAUUUAUUUUAGUCAUAUGUCACCGAUGUAGUAGAAAAGUUAAGGUCGAGGCACUAGAAGCUCACGUGACGCUAAGGCACGGGAGCAAAUCUGAAAGAAAUGCUUAUCACAAGAUUAAAGCUGCUCAGGCUGAGACAGCGUUAAGAGCUUGCCAAAUUAGUUCAACUCCGAUGAAUCGGAUGUUAAGCUUUGAUGAGAAGAAAACCUACAAUCCUCCGGAUAUAUUGGUCUCAGGAUCAUCUAGUUCCACUUCUCCGCUUCCUGUUUCAUAUCCGUCUACACCACCAAACCUAACCUUCAGAGUGUCUAGUCCUAGUCCAGUUCCUACUCCAACACCUCCUCUUUCCGCUACUCCAAGUAUACAACCGGCGGAUAGUGCAUCUGCUCCGGAAACCCGGAGUCCCACCCCUGAUCAUGGGACAACAGAAUUAUCAGGUGAAGCGGUGGAGCAUAUGGAUAUUGAUCUAUCUCAUGAUAUAGACAAUGAUGUGGAAAUGUUACCAGCACUUCCUAGUUCAAGUUCCUUACCGGAGAAAUCAGUUUCCAACCUCUCAUCCUCCAUGGCUCCGUCCACUAUUAUUAAUUAUGUUGGUGAGGAGGCGGAUAGUACAACUCAUAAUGUGAUAAGCAUACCUGACUCAGAUGAUAUACCUAACAUAGAGAUCGGUAUCAUAUCAGAGGGUCAAGUUAUGGACUCAAUAAAUAUUAAAUACAACGUGGCAAUUCUCAAAACAGAAACAUCCGUGGACUCGACAACUUCCAUACCAAAAAUAGGACUGCGUCCUGGUCCAAGCUUGCAAUCUUGUGCUCAACCUAAACCUGUAUCUCAUCUAGGAGUGGUAAGAUCUGAACCCAGAUCUCCGACUGUUAUGACCACUCCUACAGUCAGUACCCCUCCAAGGAUAUCCUCCCACCCUGCCCGACAGUUCCAAUUCCAGCACCAGGAUUCAAUGGAUAUAGACAAUUCUCCAACUCAAUAUAUAACGGUCUCGCCCCUCUCCAAGGGUAGUCCUAAAAAACCAAUAAUAAUAAAAUCUGGCGUAGAGAAGAAACUAACCGGAAGAGAACGUGAGUAUGAUCCGAAUAAACAUUGUGGAGUGUGGGAUGCCGACGCUAAACGAAACUGCACAAGAUCCCUAACCUGUAAAUCGCAUUCUGUUUACCUGAAACGAAAAGUUACAAACCGCUCUGCUCCUUUUGACGAGCUCCUCGCCGCUCAUAAGGCUGAGAAGGAAGCUGCUGCUAAAUUAAACGAAUCUUCGUCGGAGUCUGAACCAACAUCAAUCCUAGCCCGACGUCUCCAGCUGGCUCCAGGAACACCACAGAGACCGUGGGAGCUCUCGGAGCCCUUGAAACAGAGUUCGUUGCUCAAAUGUUCAGUUGCUAAACGGAACUAUUUCCCACAAACUCAACAAUUCAAAGAUAAUUACUGUGAUGAAAAUCUGCAUUAUACUACAGAUCACCCUAAGCCCUUGGCUGUGUGUACUUUUGGGGGUAAGCGGAUAGGAGGGUUGUUUAUUGCUGAUAGAUCUAAGUUCCUCACUAGAAAGGUUAUGAAGAUUGCUAUAUCCAACAGUGGAAUCCAGAGAAUCCAACCUCCCUUCAAGUCCGAUCAGGUUGGCGUAAAGAGGGUUGCAGGAUUGAUUUCUGCUCCUGUUACCUCUCGCCAGCAAUCUAUGCCAUAUAUAGUAAACUUGCAGGGUGGAGCAGGAGUAGGACGGGUUGGACUAUCAAGUUCUCCGAGGGUUGGAACUCUUCAGAUAGGGACGGGAGGAAUCCAAACCCAACAUUUUCUUGUUCAGGACGCGUUUAAGACGGAUAUUCAAGACUUUAAAGGUGGAAUAAAAUUUGAACUCGGACGAAACAUUCAUAUUCUUCCGUCUGCGGACUCCGGAGGAUCUGGAUAAAUCUUCCGAAAUAUUCCGUUUUUACAAUGUUAAAUAUGAAACGUAUAUACAAGCAGUGUCAGUCCCAACCAAUUACAUACAAUCUACAUUUAAUAUGUUCAUAUCAAACCUAUAAAGAAUUCAGGGUCUACUAGUAUUAUUCAACAUUUUGUUCAUGUUGUUUACUUUAAUUUGUAUUUUUUAUUAUUUAAUUUCCUAAUUUAUUAAUUAUACUGUUUAUGUGCCCUAUGGGCAGCAAGAAUGUGAUAACUUUAAAAAUUAAUAUUUUUCUCGCAAUUAAAACUCUGGUGACAUUGGGACAUAGGGGGGGUGUAUAAUUUCGUGAAUUUUUUGUUUAAUGUCUUGCGUAUUUAAAAAACACACUUAAAAAUACUUCCAGAAAUAAUGUACAAUUAAAAAAAUUUCAAUUAAUUGCCAUAAUUUAAUCUUUCCUUUAUUAACUUAAUGUUUUAUUCAUUCAGAAAAAUGUGACGGUUACCCCAUGUAUUAAAUAAUACAACUAAUAAUUUUACUGUUGAUUAAUCUGUAUCCUAUUCUUUAAAUACCAAACUAAUUUAAUCUGCCACAAACUAAAUUUUUUAAUCCCUAAUCUUUUCAACCUAAUGGUGUAAACCUUUGAUAUUUUAAACUUAAACUAUUUGAUCUAACAAUAUUUAUAGUUUGAAGAAUAUAUCAAGACUACGACAUUCGGUUGCAAAGAUAUAGGGUUAGAAAAUUAGAGUUUGUGUCAACGACUCAAUUCCUUUUAUUUAUCAUAAAUAUUUCAAAUCAUUUUAAUUCUUAUUUUCUUAAUUUCAGGAAAAUUGCAUUUAUUAUGUUAGUAUGUAAUUGUAACAAUGUAUUCAUUCAGUUUUUGAACCAAAUCAAUCCGCAGAACUAAUAAACUGUUGUCAGAUUA